AUGGGCAAGACUGCCGACCUGACUGGUGUCCAGAAAGCCAUCAUUGACACCCUCAAAAAUCGAGCCAUAGCUGAUUAUCUGCGUUCCAAUGGAUAUGAAGGAGCAUAUUCUACUUUCAAGAAGGAGGCAGAAUUAGAUAUGAAUGAAGAAUUAGACAAGAAGUAUGCUGGCCUUUUGGAAAAAAAAUGGACGUCAGUUAUCAGAUUACAAAAAAAGGUUAUGGAACUUGAAUCUAAACUGAAUGAAGCAAAGGAGGAAAUCACCUUAGGAGGACCUGUUAGUCAAAAGCGAGACCCUAAAGAGUGGGUCCCACGCCCACCAGAAAAGUAUGCGUUGAGUGGUCACCGCAGUCCCGUCACUAGAGUCAUCUUCCACCCAGUCUUCAGUGUGAUGGUAUCCGCUUCAGAAGAUGCAACAAUAAAGGUGUGGGACUACGAGACUGGAGACUUUGAACGCACACUUAAGGGCCACACGGAUUCCGUGCAGGACAUAUCUUUUGACCAGACUGGAAAAUUGCUUGCAUCCUGCUCUGCAGACAUGACUAUCAAACUGUGGGAUUUCCAAGGUUUUGAGUGUAUCAGGACUAUGCAUGGACAUGACCACAACGUAUCAUCUGUAGCUAUUAUGCCCAAUGGAGAUCAUAUAAUUUCUGCUUCAAGGGACAAAACCAUGAAAAUGUGGGAAGUGGCAACAGGUUACUGUGUGAAGACCUUCACUGGCCACAGGGAGUGGGUGCGCAUGGUACGACCCAACCAGGAUGGCACUUUAGUUGCCAGCUGCUCCAAUGAUCAGACGGUGCGCGUGUGGGUUGUGGCCAACAAAGAGUGCAAAGCUGAACUGCGGGAACAUGAGCACGUGGUGGAGUGCAUCUCCUGGGCACCAGAGAGUGCUUACCCCACCAUACUUGAUGCCACAGGUUCCGAGAGUAAGAAGAGUGGUAAGCCAGGCCCUUUCCUGCUCUCUGGUUCAAGAGACAAAACUAUCAAAAUGUGGGAUGUUAGCAUAGGCAUGUGCCUUAUGACACUGGUCGGCCAUGACAACUGGGUGCGGGGCCUCCUUUUCCACCCGGGAGGAAAGUUUAUUGUGACCUGUGCAGAUGACAAGACUUUAAGGAUCUGGGACUACAAGAACAAACGCUGCAUGAAAACCCUGAGUGCCCACGAACACUUUGUUACCUCUUUGGAUUUCCACAAGGCUGCUCCUUAUGUGGUGACGGGGAGUGUAGAUCAGACAGUAAAAGUGUGGGAGUGCCGCUGA